AUGGCGAGAGAUACGAGUUGGAUGGAUAGGGAUAGGGGUUCUGUAGAGUGGCAGGCUGGCAUGAAGGAAUUCCUAGAUUUUGCUUUUGACGGUGCUGAUGAGGACACUUCUGUCCCAUGCCCGUGUAGAAAAUGUGUCAACAUCUGUCCCAAAAAAAGGAGGGAUGUUCACCUUGACUUGCUACACCAUGGGAUGGAUCCUACUUAUACUAGUUGGAUAUACCAUGGUGAAGAAUCUGAUGAGGAAAGCAUGUCCCAAGGAUCUGGUAAUGAAGAGGCGGGAAAUGAUGAUUCUGCAGUUCGUGAUAUGCUCAAUACACUUAUAAGGGGAAGCAACGUAGGAAGUAACACAACUGAUGAAGAGGAGGGUGCUGAUGCUAAUCAUGGAGAUGCUUCGGGCAGGGGUGAACACGACCAGGAACCAAAUUCAGCUGCCAAGGCCUUCUUUAAUUUACUAAAGGAUGCCGAAAAAGAGUUGUACCCUGGCUGCAAGGAGGUCACAAAGCUGUCGUUCAUUGUGAAGCUGUACCAAAUCAAGUGCUUGUGUGGGUUGAGCAAUAGAGCAUGUGAUUUAAUACUACAGUUAUUCUCCGAGGUGCUUCCAAAGGGCCACUGCAUUCCAAAUACUUUAGCAAAAGUUCAGAAGGUUAUCCGAGAUCUUGGGCUCGACUACCAGAAGAUAGAUGCAUGUGUUAAUGAUUGUGUGCUAUUCCGCAAAGAGUAUGCUCAAUUGGAGAGCUGUCCUAUCUGCAAUGCGUCUAGAUGGAAAACUGCUCCUAGCAAUGACCCAAAUGAGGCACCACCAAGUAGUAAAGAAAAGAAGCCGGUGCCUCAGAAAGUUCUGCGAUAUUUUCCCCUUACUCCACGGUUGCAAAGGCUAUUUAUGACAGAAGCCACAUCAUCAUAUAUGCAAUGGCAUAAGAAGGACCGUGUGGAUGAUAAGACAAUGAGGCAUCCUGCAGAUUCUUUGGCAUGGAAGCAUGUUGAUAAUCUGUAUUCUGAUACAUUCGCAAAAGAUGCUCGCAAUGUUAGACUUGGGCUUGCUUCUGAUGGAUUUAAUCCGUUUGGGCUGAUGAGCAUAUCACACACAACAUGGCCAGUGAUCCUUAUCCCAUAUAACUUGCCUCCAUGGUUGUGCAUGAAACAACCAUAUUGGAUAAUGUCAAUGAUAAUUCCAGGACCAAAGUCAGCAGGAAAUAACAUCGAUGUUUACUUGCAGCCUUUGAUAGAUGAACUGAAGGAUCUGUGGGUUAAUGGUGCUAAUACAUAUGAUGCCGCGGAGAAGAAAGAUUUCCAGAUGUAUGCAUGUCUCCUAUGGACGAUUAAUGACUUCCCAGCUUAUGCAAUGCUAUGUGGUUGGAGCACAAAAGGCAAGUUAGCAUGCCCUUAUUGCCACAAAUAUACAGAUUAUUUAUGGCUGAAAUUUGGUCGUAAACACUGCUACAUGGGACACCGUCGUUUUCUGCCUAGAAACCACAAGUGGCGUCGAAACAAGAGUUUGUUCAACAACAAGACAGAACAUAGAGAUGCUCCAGUGCCGCUUUCAGGUGCUGAAGUGGUACAACAACAUCAAAGCUUUGAGCAAGUAACAUUUGGGCGAACAAAUAAGAGAAAGAGAGAUGAUAAUAAUAGCUGGCAUAACUGGCGAAAGAAAAGUAUAUUUUUCCAGCUCCCUUAUUGGAAGGAAUUGCUAGUAAGGCACAACUUGGAUGUGAUGCAUAUCGAGAAGAACAUUUGCGAUAGCAUUUUGGGGACAUUGCUUGAGAUGGAUGGUAAAUCCAAGGAUAGUUUAAAGGCUCGUCUUGAUUUGCAGGACAUGAAGAUAAGAAAGGAUCAACAUCCAGAGGUUGGAAAACAUAAGUAUGAACUACCAAAAGCUUGCUAUGCUUUGACUAAGGAAGAGAAGAGAAUGUUAUGCAGGUUUUUGCAGAGCGUGAAGAUGCCCGAUGGCUAUGCAUCAAACAUAAAGAGAUGUGUGGACCUAGAGAAGUGUAAGGUGUUUGGCCUCAAAACUCAUGACUGCCAUGUCAUAUUCCAGAAACUUCUUCCUAUUGCAUUGCGCAACCUCCUGCCAGAAAAGGUUGUUAUCCCAUUGCUUGAGUUGAGUCAAUUCUUUUCUGAUCUUUGUUCCAAGGAGUUGAAAGAAGAAGAUUUAGUGAAGUUGAGCAAAAAAAUUCCAGAAACUCUUUGUCAGCUGGAGAUGAUAUUUCCACCAGCGUUCUUUGAUAUCAUGAUGCAUCUUCCAAUUCAUCUUGCUGAAGAAGCUCGAUUGGGAGGACCUGUCUUGUACAGAUGGAUGUAUCCGAUUGAGCGAUAUUUGCGUACACUUAAAGGGUAUGUGCGGAAUAAAGCUCAACCUGAAGGUUCGAUUGCCGAGGGGUACAUCUUAGAAGAGUGCAUGACAUUUUGUAGUCGAUUCCUCGAUGACACCCAUACUAAACUUAAUCAGCCAGAACGUCAUGAAGGUGCUGCAAUAAAUCAACCAGCCCCAGAGAUUGACAUAAUUAGCCCAGUCGAUUACUCUAAGAAAGGUUUUACAUAUGAACCACUCUCCUUUGCUGAGAUGAAUCAAAUUAGGCACUACAUAAUAACAAACUGCAAAGAAACCAAGACGUGGGUAAGCGAGCAUCUUGAGGAGCUCGGAAGCAAUAAUUCUCGUAAUGCUGAAAAGAAACACAAAGAAGAAUUACAGAUCUCCAUAAUGAUGGGAAAAAAUGCCCAUAUAGAAAAGGACUUGGGUACCCAAAAUAGCGGCGUCAUAGUCAAGGGCGAUGAAAGUACUGGCCAUAUUGAUUAUUAUGGAGUGAUCCAGAAAAUAAUAUGUCUUGAUUUUGGUAUUGACAAGGAGGUAGUUUUGUUCCAGUGUGACUGGUUUGAUGUGCCUCCUCCUGAUAGAAAUCAAAGUAGAGGCUAUAAGAAAAAUAUAUAUGGAAAUGUCGAUGUUGACACUACUCAACUCCGAUUUAAAGAUGAACCUUACAUUCUAGGCAUUCAAGCUGAACAGGUUUUUUACGUGAGAGAUGUGAAGAAGCCCAAUUGGGUAACUGUUGUUAAGAUGAAUCCACGGAAUCUAUUUGCCCCUUCUGCUUUGAAUGGUGAAGACCUUGCGGAAGCUGAUGCAGACAUACUGGAUCUUGGAGUAGGCGAAACGACCGUCCCAGACAUAACUGAAGAGAUCACUAGUUGGCGUAGAUCUGGUGUAGAAGGAGCCAGCAGUGAUGUUUCAGUUAUUCAAAGUAUAAAACCUAUUGAGUAUGAAGAAAUUCAAGUUGAAUCAGAUGAUGAUGUCGAAGAUGACGAGACUUACAUAAAUGAUGGCCAUGUUGCUCCUUUGGUACAGGAAGAUUCAGAUGAUGAUCAAGGAUUUUUUGUAUAG